GAUGAUUUCGUUUGUGAGGUUUUAUCGAUUAGAUAUGAUAUUUCCAAUAAUGACACAUUCAGUUGCACAAUCGUUUUUCUUUCUUAAACCAGUAAGUUACAGAGAAGCGACUGGAAUGCUUUUUUGUUUUAGAUUUUUACAUUAUGAAAUGGCCAACUAAUUUAGGUUCUAGGGGCGCGGCAGACCUCUCGGAAGUAAUUUCAUAACAGAAGCUGCCUGCCUGUGUCCUGCAUGCUGGUUGUCAGGGAUACCGCUCCAUGGAGACACACUCCCAAAGGUGGAGGGGAGGGCUUUAAGGGAAAGGAGACCCUCACCUUGAUGGAGCCUCAAGUCAAAAACGGAGAAUGAAGAAAAAUAGAUUGUAAUAGUUGUGCAGAGGUAAGAGGGAAGUCUCCUGAGGUGGAACAAGUGGAUUCGAAAUCAACCAAAGGAAAGAAGAAGAAAGAGUUUGAUGAAGUUAUUUUAUCAGGAUGGGCUAUGAUCUGGAGAGGUUUGUAGGCUAUGUGAAUGAGGGUCUUCUGUGCUGUGUGUGUCGAGACGUGUUGGAGCGCCCCCUGCAGGCGCCCUGUGAACAUGCCUACUGCAGCGCCUGCAUCAGCAGCUGGCUGCUCCAUCACCACUCCUGCCCCGAGGACAGACUGCCCCUGGAUGUGGGGAGUCUCAAACCACUGUACAGGUACAUGCGUAAUGACCUGAACCGCCUGCAGCUCCGCUGUGUGAAUGCAGCUCAGGGCUGUGAGGUGGUCUGCCCCCUGGAGAGUCUGCACACACAUGAGGAUGAGUGCGAGUUCGCCUUUAUAUCCUGCUCAAACAUAGGUUGUCCUGUGCAGGUGGAAAGGCGGGGUUUGGAGGCUCACCUGUCAGAAUGUAACUUCCGCAGCAGGGAAUGUAUCAACGGCUGCGGCCACACACUGCUCUCCAUUGACCAAUCACAGCACAACUGUGUAGCAGAGCUGCGCACAGAGGUGGAGAUGCUCAGGGCAGAGAUGCUGUGCAAGGUGGAGGAGGUGAGACGAGAGAUGGAGUCUCGGUUGGACUCGCAGAGGAGACACAUGGUGCAGAAAGAGUCGCAGCUGAAGAACGACGUGGAGGAGCUCAAGGAUCAGCUGUCCCGUGUGAUGUGUGACAUGCGAGCGCUGUUAGGAGCAGAGCGUCUGAGGAGACAGGAGCUGGCAGAGGCCGAGCUGGAGAAAAGGGAGCUGCUUGAGCUGCUCAGAGAUCUGCAGCCAACCAGAAGCAAGCAACCUGUGGACCAGCUGGCAGCCGGUGACCAGCAGAUGCCUGGGUGGGAGCUCCACACUGUGCCAAUGAGACACCAGCAGAGGGAGGCUUCUCUACAUGCCUCCAGUCUUUCACUACAUUCAGCCCACAGCACCAUAACGGGGCCGCCUCCAUCCCCUCUGCUGGGAGAGGGGACACGUAAGGGCAGCACCAGGAGUCUGACUCUGGACUGCAUCAAGAGGAAGAGUCGGGAGGUGACGGUCAUCUGAGGAGAUUGGACUGCUGGGAGAUUUACCCAACUACAAAAGAGUAAAUCCAUAUUUUUGUAACAUUUGGCUAACUGUUUAGUAAUCCAAUAUGUACAGUAAGCUGGUACUCAUUGAUCACUUUCAAUAUCAGCUGAAAACUAAAAGAAAGAGGAUUUGCUGUGGAAUUAACCAUAUUGUGUUUGAAAGGUUAAUAAAUGUUGUAGACUCACCACGGAUAUGAUCUGCAAACAGAUCCUUUUGUAAUGGCUCCUGAAUUUUGCAUC